CUCAUUUUAAUUAACUUAAAACAUCAUAAAAAGAAAAGAGAGAGAAAAUAGAAAGUCAUUCAUAUUUUUUCUUUCCCUCUUGCCGGAGAUAACGACAACCUCGUCGGAAAAUGAAUAUUCCGGCGACUUGUUCCUUUCUUCGCAAAUGUAAUGCUUGUGUUUCAGUUCAUUACCGUCACGUUUUCCAUGAAAAGUCUUCACCAAAAGCACACACAUUCCUUUCUUUUCCUCAUUUCUGAACAGAGUUAAGGUAUCCAAAGUUCGAUCAGUUUUAUUUUUUCUUUCUUUUUGAAUAAAACUUGAACUCUUUGAUUGAUUCGGUUAGAUGUAUAUGUGAUGAUGUGCAACUGCUUUUGGUAAAGGAAGAGGAGUUAUACUUUUUGAGAAUAGAUUUAGGUGAAUUUUGAUAUUAAUUUUCUAAUUUCUGUGAGUUUUUUUUGGUGAUUUUUCUGCUAUGUUUUCUGUGAGGAUUUAGGGCUGGUUUUAGAUGCAGAAUUCUGAUUUUUUGACAUCAGCGAGUAGGUGUUUAAAGCUCUGAAAAUUGAGCAAAACUGACAGAGGGAGUAUAAUUAGGCUUAGAGAGAGAGAGAGUCUGUGUCUGUAUCUGUGUCUGUGUGCACCGUUUUGAUUGUGAUAGAGGAUGCCUCCGACGAAAAUUCAGCCGAUCGAUUCUCUGUUAGACAGAGAAUCGAUCCAAAGCGACACCACUAAGCCUGUGCUGAAAUCGCGAAUCAAAAGGUUUUUUGACCGGCCGUUCCCCAGCGUCUUACGGAUUUCGUCGGGGACAGAGAAGCCGAAUGCUGCCGGCGCCAGUAAUGAAUUGGCCAAUGGAAAAGAUGGAGCAGUUCCCGAAUUCGAGCCUAGCUCUCUUUGUUUGGCUAAGAUGGUUCAGAAUUUCAUUGAGGAGAACAAUGAAAAGCCUUCACCUGCUAAAUGUGGCCGGAAUCGUUGCAAUUGCUUCAACGGAACCAACAAUGAUAGCUCCGAUGACGAGUUUGAUUUUGCUGAUUCAGCACACUCCUCCUUUAACGAUUCUUCUGAUGCUCUCAAGAGCUUAAUUCCGUGUGCAACUGUUGUCGAGAGAAAUCUGUUAGCUGAUAUCUCACAAAUCGUUGAGAAAAACAAAGCUUGCAAGAGUAAGAACGAUUUGAGAAAAAUCGUCACCGAUGAACUCUUGAAACUUGGCUACAAUGCAUCCAUUUGCAAAUCCAAAUGGGAAAAGGCUCCUUCUGUUCCUGCAGGUGAAUAUGAGUACAUUGAUGUGAUUGAGAAAGGAGAAAGAGUGUUAAUUGAUGUAGAUUUCCGAUCGGAGUUUGAAGUUGCCCGAUCAACUAGCAGUUACAAGGCGGUUCUUCAAUUGCUACCUUUCAUCUUCGUCGGAAAUUCCGACCGCCUUCUGCAAAUAGUGUCCAUUGCCUCAGAAGCCGCUCGACAGAGUUUGAAGAAGAAAGGCAUGCACAUCGCUCCAUGGCGUAAAGCUGAGUAUAUAAAAGCAAAAUGGCUUAGCCCACACAUCCGAACCGCAGAAGCCACAGUGAAGAGUGAGGUCAAGGAGAAGAAGCUUGUUGAAGAAGUUGAGAGUAAACAACUAUCUGAUUCUGAAUUUGGAGAAUUAGAGCUGAUUUUUGGUGGGCAAUCGUCUUACGAUUCCAAUUCGUUUACGUUGCUUUCAUCAUCAUCACCGCCGCCGGUGAAAUUUUCCGGCAGCGAGGAAGAGAAGCCGGUACAGCCGGUAAUGAUGACAUGGGAACCUCCCGCAUUGAAGCCCAAAAAUUGUGAGAGAGGAAACAAAGUCAUCGUCCCCGGAUUGGCUUCCCUUCUCAGGGAAAAGCCCUAAAAAAUUUUGUUUCCUUUUUCUAACUUGAUAAGAAAGAAAUCUAGUACUAGUAGUAAAAAAAUAUAUAAAACAUAUAUAAAAAAAUAUAUAGAGAAGGAUAAUCGGAGUUUCAGAUAUAGAUCGGAAACCCUUUUUUUUUCCGUUCUCCGUUCGCAAGGAUCUGUAAUAAGAAAAUCUAGAACCAUCCUUUGCUGUAAUAAUUUUCCAAAAUGCCAAAAAAAAGAAGAAAAUAGAGAAACAAAUUAUCAUUA